AUGGACGCAUCGAAAGCAUCCCAUCCCAGACCAACGAUCGUCUUCGUCCCCGGCGCCUUCCAUACCUCAGCCCAUUUCGAACCAAUCAGCACCCUUCUAAAUCAAGAGUCUUUCCCUACCACAACAGUCGAACUUCCUACGACUGCUCGAGCAAGAACAGCUUCAUAUCGGGAUGAUGUGUAUGCAAUUCGAUCCGUGCUUGAGAAACUAGUCGAAGGAGAUGGCAAAGAGGUAACGUUGGCGCUCCAUUCAUACGGCGGAGUGCCAGGAUGCCAGACUGUCAGCGGACUAGAGAGAAGCAAGCGCAAAUUGGAAGGGAAACCUGGCGGUAUAGUUCACGUAUUGUUCAUCGCUGCUCUACUGGUCGAACAGGGCCAUGGAAUGGCAGCUGCUCUGGAGGGUGGCAAGGCACCAUCCUGGGCCGUUUUCAAGGAUGGUCUUCUUUACCCUGUCAACACGUUGUCCGUCUUCUACAACGAUCUUCCUCCCAUGGAAGCGGAGCACUGGAAUUCUCUGCUGGUCCCAAAGUCAGCCAGCAAGACGUCUGUUGAUGUGGCUGACGUGUGUUAUGAUCUUGAUGUACCUAUUACGUAUCUGCUUUGCACCGACGACCCUAUGCUCGUUAUGCUAGAGGGAAUGGUGGCAAAGGUGAAGAGGCAAGGUUGGAAGGUCGAGAAGAUAGGUGGAGGGCAUUCACCCUUUGUGGGGAGGAAGAAGGAAUUACUUGGAAUCUUGGAGAAGUGUUCAGGGUUCUAA